AUGGCCUUUGUUGCUUUGUCUGCAGCAAAGUCCACAUUCAAGUUCACCAACAUCAAGUGUCAAGAUCAUGAUGUCAACUUUUCUCGUUCCGAAAUUUGUCGUCUAAAAGUUAUAGGGCGUGGCAUAGUCACCCUAAAUGUCAGAGUGGGAUUGUACAAAAUUCCUGUAACGAAUGUUUCGGUCAAUGCAGCAUUUUACAAAAAGGCCAAUGGCUUCAAACCCUUUCUGUACAAUUAUACAGUGGAUUUUUGUGAUUUCCUACUCAAGCGUAAGAGAUAUCCUGUUAUAAAGGUCUUGUUUGAUAUUUUCUUCACAGCAUCCAAUGUAAAUCACAGCUGUCCCUUCGACCAUGCCAUUAUCAUCGAUAACUUGUUGUUGGAUGAAGACAAAUUUCGACUUUUCCCAAUUCCCGAUGGCGAAUACAUGCUCAAAUUAAAAGUGUUCGCCUACAAUGAUCUGAAGGCCACAGUGGAAAUGUAUUUCGAUCGUAAGAAUUCAUUUUUAGUGUAA